AUGAUUGCCGCUGAUACCAACGUCCUAAUUAUCGGCGCUGGCAUGUCAGGUAUUGGAUUCGCCAUCCAACUGCAGAAGAAGUACAAACAUGCCACUUUUGAAAUUUACGAGAAAGGCGCUGAGGUUGGAGGAACUUGGGCCGUGAACACAUAUCCCGGUUGCGGAGUUGACGUCCCCUCCCACUUCUACUCAUACUCAUUUGGCCUGAACCCGCAUUGGACGCGCAAGUUCACCAUGCAGCCUGAGAUUCUGGCCUACUUCAAAGACGUGUCGCGCCAGCAAGGCAUCGACUCUCACAUACGUCUCCAGCAUAGCGUCACCAAGGCCGAGUGGCAGUCCGAGUCUAGCACGUGGCUCGUUGAGAUCCUCAACCAUCGCACCAACAAAGUCACCCAAAGACGAGCCAACAUCCUCAUCACAGCCGUCGGUGCUCUCAGCAUCCCCAAGAAGUGCGAGGUCCCCGGCCAUGAGACUUUCGAGGGCAACAUCUUCCACUCUGCGACGUGGGACCACAGCUUCGACCACGCCAACAAGAAUGUCGUGGUACUUGGUAACGGCUGCAGCGCCACGCAGUUCGUGCCCGUCAUUGCACAGACUGCCAAGAGCGUCACCCAGUUUGCGCGCCAACCGCACUGGCUACUCGAGCGUCCAAAUCCAGAGUAUUCCGCCCUGUUCCGCUUCAUGAUGCGUUGGGUUCCUGGUGCCAUGAUGCUACUCCGCACUGUCAUCUACGCCCAACUCGAGGCCGAGUGGCUUAUGUUUAAUACUGUAACCGGCAAAAAUGCCCGUCAGAAGCUGAGCGAGGCAUCUAGAAAGUACAUUAGAGAAAAUGCACCAGCCGAGUAUGUCGAUACGUUGGUUCCCAAGUUCGAAGUUGGUUGCAAGCGCCGCGUCUUUGACACGGGUUAUCUCGAGGCGUUACAUCGGCCUAACCUCCAUCUUAUCUCAGACGAUCCUGUUGAGCGGAUCGGUCGUCGUAGCGUCUUUCUCCGCUCUGGCAAGGAACUCCCAGCUGACGCUAUUGUGCUCGCUACCGGCUUUGAGACGACAAAACUGCUCGCUCCGAUUGAGAUCAUCGGUCUCGAAGGGAACAGCGUUGAAGACCAUUGGAACAAGCAUAAUGAUGGACUCCCCCAAGCUUAUUACGGAACUUGUAUAGCCGGCUUCCCAAACAUGUUCAUCAUGAUGGGCCCCAACACACUCACUGGUCACCUGUCAGUCACAUGGUCGACCGAGUGUCAGAUCAACUUUACCCUCCGCGUUAUCGAUCCCGUUCUCCGCUCACUGCACCCGCCAAAGCUAUCUCUUUGGCCCUCGCAAAAGGUGGAGGCUGUCCAAGUCAAACAGCAGGCCGAAGAUGAAGAGAACUCAUGGAUCCAGUCCAAGUGUAAGAGCUUGGUCUGGUCGUCGGGAUGCAGCAACUGUGGCACUUUUGGCUGA